GGCUUGGGAUGCAAUUAGGAUGAGGAGUGAUAUUGAUGAAGUGGCAGCAAUUAUAUGGAAACUGGAGGCUUCGCCUACAGCAAAACUUCAUGGGUGGAAGAUUCUAAGACAGGCCAUUCCAAGUGAUGACAAAUUGAAAGGGAUUGAUGUGGUUGUCUCCAAUCAGUGUGUUUUGUGUAAACAAGCAGAAGAAACUAUUCAAAAUUUAUUUGUGGAAUGCAAGUUCAGGCUAGAAGAUCGGCUGUUAGGGGGGACAGGAGCAGCUAGUGUUGGGGAAUCUGAAUAUUCUAGUCCCUUCUCCAACUGUGAUUCACAACACAUGGGGAAUCUAGGUCCUUCGGGUGGUGGAGUGAUAAUGAGGAAUCAUGAAGGUCAAGUUCUAGUGGUGACCUCUAAUUUUUAUGGGUGUUGUUCUAAGUUUGAAGCAGGUGUUUGGCUGUACUGGAUGCUUUGGAGAUAA